UCUCAGAAUGGGAACACCGCGGCGGGCGGUCACUGGCUGAGCAGUCUGGAGAGGAGUCGCGUUGUUUUUUGGGCCUAACUUCCGUCAUUUUAUAUCUCACGGGAUAAAAACGGAGGAGGUUUUCGCAUGUGUCGCUGUGAAGUGUAGGUUGUUGUAAUACCACUCCGGGUUUAUAUGGAUACAUAAAUAUUUGCUCUGCUAGAGCUGUGGAACUUGUUUUACACCGUCGCGUACGUGGAUCUGAAAUAAGCAGACGUCAGACCUCGCCCGCUCGCUGCUGCUGUUACAUUUUUUAUCGCAAUCUAAUCACCGCAUUGUUUGCGGGAUUAUACCGCCGCUGUACGCACUAUGUGGUUACGUGAACGGUGUGGUGACAGUAGCUGUUAGACGUUUAUCGGUUUUUUAGUUUUAAACACCGUGCCUUGGCGGAAAGGAGAGGAUUUGGUUUUAUUUAAGGUAGCAUGACAGGAUCCAGAGCCGUCGAGCUAGCUAGCUAAUGUUAGCACGAUGUUAGCUAGCUUCAUGUUACGGUUGCAAUGAAUGGACUGCUGCUUUAAUAUCUGUUCAUCUGUGCUAUGAGGAAAUGUUGAUUUGCACCAUUUUUACAUAAAUUAGAUAUCACUCUGGCUUUCGGCGUUGUUAAAUACAGUUAACAGUUGCUAGCAAGAGGACUGUCCAUAUGGGCUGUGACCAAACAGUGCCUCGCUAACAUCGGGAAGCUAACUGGCUAACUAGCUAGCUGUAACGUUGACACCAUUAUCAUACAGUCGGGACACAGAGUCGGGCAACUAAUUUGUUCGUGCCCUACAAACAUUUAACCAGAAUCGUCGUUCGUAUUGUAACAAUUUACCGUUCGCUAAAUCUGUGACUGUGAUGGCUAACUAGACAAAGUUGAAGCGAAGCUCAGUUAUUGUGUUGCAAGCCAAAAUGCACUUUGUCCCGUGUACUAUGCUAUACCAACGUCCACCUAUUGAACCAACAUAUAUUGAAAUGACAUUAGUCAGCUAAUUAUGUAAUGGCUAUAUAAGUGGACUCUCCCACUCCCUGCAUGCGAAUAUUCUUCUUUUAUGUGUGUGUGCUUUCAAUGCAUUGUGAUUGUGAGCAGUUUGGGACUUGGCGUUAAUUAUAUUCUCAAAUGUUGGGAAAUGCAUCUCUCUAGGUCAAUUGAGGAUGAAUGAUCAGGACAGUGGGGUUGUCUCCUUUGAUGAGUAUGUACGGCAGAAAGCCCGCACUGUUCCUCAGCACAGGAUGAAGGAGUUCCUGGAGUCUCUCGCCAAGGGCCCAGAGGUGCUGCAGGAGUUCAGCCAGCAGGGAGGGGCAGCCACCACCACAGCCAUGGUGUACCAGCAGCAGGGUACCAACUGUGUGUACACAGACAGCACAGAAGUGGCUGGCUCUCUCUUGGAGCUGGCGGGUCCGGUGACCUCGGCAGAGAUUUCACCGCAUCUGUCCGUGCAUCAAGAGUCUGAACAGCAGCUUCAAGUGCAGGUUCAGAUUCAGGAACAACAAGGCCAAACAGUUGGCCAGGUGCUUCAGGUGGCCUCCCCCUCUCAGCAGGACCUGCAGGGAAUCUCAACAGCCCACUUUGUCCAGCAGGGGGAGCUCACAGAGGAGCAGCAGCAGCAGAUUCAGGCGCAGCUGGUUGCAGCUGUAGCUGGAGGACAUCAAAUCCAGUUGUCAAGUGGACAACAAAUCCAGUUACAAGGAACACAGCAUAUUCAGCUGCCAGGCGGCCAGCAAAUUCAACUUGAGGCCGGCCAACAUAUUCAACUACAGGGAGGCCAACAGAUUCAACUACAUGAUGGCCAGCAGAUUCAGCUACAGGGUGGCCAGCAACUUCAGCUACCGGGUGGCCAACACAUUCAGCUACAGGGUGGCCAACAGAUUCAGCUACAGGGUGGCCAACAGAUUCAGCUACCGGGUGGCCAACAGAUUCAGCUACCGGGUGGCCAACAGAUUCAGCUACCGGGUGGCCAACAGAUUCAGCUACCGGGUGGCCAACAGAUUCAGCUACCGGGUGGCCAACAGAUUCAGCUACCGGGUGGCCAACAGAUUCAGCUACAGAGUGGCCAACAGAUUCAGCUACCGGGUGGCCAACAGAUUCAGCUACAGAGUGGACAGCAGAUUCAGUUACAGGGCCAGCAGAUUCAACUUCCAGGUGGCCAACAAAUUCAGCUACAGGGUGGCCAGCAAAUUCAACUUCCAGGUGGCCAACAAAUUCAGCUACAGGGUGGCCAACAUAUUCAGCUUCCAGGAGGCCAACAUAUUCAACUACAAGAUGGUCAGCAGAUCCAGAUUCAGACCAUAGAGGCCAUGUCUCAUUCGCAGCAACAGGACUCUCCCAGAGAGGCGGAGAGGAGAUCUGCCACUCUCUCAACUGUUCUCCAACCUGCUAAGAAGCGUAAGGUGGAUGUCCCUCUUGCUGUGUCAUACGCUGUUCCACAGGGCCAGCAGGUGGCCACAGUUCUAGCCAUCCCUCAAGGGCAACAGCAAAGCUAUGUGUCCCUACGACCAGAUUUGCUCACUGUUGACAGUGCACAACUGUACAGCACAACAGGAACCAUCACAGGUCCCACAGGUGAGACUUGGACCAUCCCUGUGUACUCCACUCCACAGCAGCAAGGGGUAACUCACAUUGCCAUACCACAGGACACAUACAGCACAAUGCAAGUUACCACCACCAACGGUAAGGACAAAAUGUCCCCCAAUUCCUCAUCAAGGUCCACAGAUGUGCAGUCAGCCUCCGCUGGGACACAGGAAGAGAUCGUACAGACCCUGUUCCCGGCUCAGUUCAUGAACGGGAACAUUCACAUCCCUGUGGCAGUGCAGACCGUAGGAGGAACUUACAACGCUACACAGUCGGUACACAUAUGGGACCCAAAUCAACAGCAGAACCAAGUAGAAGAGGGACAAGAGCAGCAGCUCCAUCUGCAGGGCCAUAUGGAGGCAGAGGGUCAGGCUGAACCGCCUACAGAGAUUAUGGUUCCUAUCUGCCUAAAGCCAGAGGAAGGCCUGGAGGUGUGGCGCCUUUGGGUCAAGCGAAAAAACACUGAGCUAAACAAGCAGGAAAAGACUAAGCUUGCACCCAUCGGACGUCGUCAGCCACUGCGUUUUCAAGAAGACUUGGUGUCCAGCGCAGUAGCGGAGCUAAACUUGGGUCUCUCCCUGAUGACGCAGGAGGCACGAGGAUCAGACGAAGAGCAAUUCACAUCCGAUGUUCUAUACUAUGUUUUUUUGUGUAUACAAAAGUAUCUCUUUGAAAAUGGCCGUGUGGAUGAUAUUUUCUCUGAUCCGUAUUACACACGUUUUUGUGGGUGUUUACACAAAAUCCUAGAUGGUUGGAAACCCAGUGUCCAUCCUUUAGGUUAUGUCAUCCCAAGUCACGUGACAGAGGAGAUGCUGUGGGAGUGCAAACAGCUUGGUGCACAUUCACCAGCCACAUUGCUCACAACUCUAAUGUAUUUCAACACUAAGCAUUUCCACCUGACAACACCUGAACAGCACAUGAAGGUAGCUUUCUCGAAGGUCCUAAGGCACACAAAGAAGAAUCCCGCUAAUGCCAAGGACAAAGCAACCAGCAUCCGCCUUCUCAAAGGACAAGGUCUAAACGGCACAGGACAGAAAGGUGGUCAAAACAGAACUGAUGACAUGUAUGAAGAGCAGGCCGAGGACCCUGAGAAUCCCCUUCGCUGCCCCAUUAAACUUUAUGACUUUUAUCUCUUCAAAUGUCCUCAAAGCGUAAAGGGGCGUAAUGACGCAUACUACAUGACUCCAGAGCCGGUCGUUGCGCCGAACAGCCCAAUGUGGUACUCAUCUCAGCCCCUCACGACUCAGCAAGUGGAGCACGUGCUGGCACGCAUCAUUGUGGUCCGAGAGAUCCAGGAGAUCAUCAGCGUUGGUCCGGAUGUCAUGAGCUAAAUUGAGAGGACUCUGACUGGACUCGUGGGAACUUGGUCGCCUGUCACUGAUUGUUGACUAUGCAGUAUCCAUCCUGACUCUGUAAACCCCAAUGACCACCAUCUCAAAUCAAAGGGAUCAAUCAUUAUUUCUUUCUGAGUGCAUCACAACAGCAAAGAUUUUCUUUUCUAUUUUCAGCUGAUUGGUUGGACUGUUUUUUCUCUUGACUACCUUUUCUAAGCCAUUGCCUCUGUAACCUUUAAACUGGCAAGUAAGUGAGACUUUCGUCUCACCCCUGCUGGACUAGGACUGACCUCAGCAGAGGCGGUACAUUUUCCUGUAAAAAUAUCAAAACAAUGAGGAUAUUUAACCCUUCACUACUUAACCUCACAGACCAUUUACCAAAGUCUCUUCAAAGUCCAACGACAUGACAUCUUAAUGGACAAUUAUAGAGACCACUUCUCACGUUUUUUUUGUAUACUGACUGCAUUUUGGACCAUGUAUUGAUACGUUCAAAGCUGAAGAACUUGUGCCUGUUUUAAAAAAAUAACGACAUAAUUUAUGCUUGUGGAUCAUUGAGUGAGUUGUUCCUCAGAUAUUCACAAGGUCAAAGUGCUAUAUUAUAGUCAUUCAGGAGAUUGGAAACCUUUUUUCUCAGGUCAAAGCUAGUGAUUUGAACACCUUAAAGGAUUUUUGCCAACUUAUUCCUGUAUGUAUAGUAGGUUAUUAAACAGAACAUACAGAUGGAAAUGCCUUUGUUUAGCUAACGCAGUGUUAAUCCUUGUAUCAAAAGUCAUGAGAAUUGAAGAAUGAGGAGGACUUAGGGCUGAGCUGUCUGUGGAAAUGUAACUGAACUUUGAAAUAAGGAUUAGUUGGACCUUUUCAAGAACCGUAUCCAAACCCCAUUGGUGCCUCCCCGAGAUGACGUGUACAUUUUAAUUUGGAUUACUACAUUGACAAAUAGUUGUGAUGCAGUUCUGCUUAAUUUGUUUAUUACUAAAAAUGAGUUGUAUAGCA